AUGGGUACCUCCCUGCUUUCUUAACGGAAAUUGUUUAGGCAUUGUUCAGGCAUGAGCGAACACGACUUUUUACCGCGUAACUGAAAAUAACAUGACACCGGUCACUAGGGCAGAAUAUCACAGAUACACACACCUGGUGUAGGAUUAUUUUUAAUAAUUCCAAUCCCUUCUGUAGUUUUUUGUGAUAUUAUUUCUAUUAACAGAAGUGGAUUUUGUUAACAUUACAUGGUGCACACCCCGGUUAAAUGUCAGUAUCAUACAUAACCAUUAUAUUCUAUAACGACAUGUUAAUUAGUGUGUGACCCAAAACAGGUGACAAGGAUUAUUUACCACGAGCCGUACGGGGAGCCGCUGUGCGUAAGGAUGGAGUUAUUACAAGCCGACACAAAACACUUACUGACUGCGGCGUGCGCGUGCGCAGUGUGGGGCAGUGACGUCAGUGCUGUAUGCUGCUGGCGAUGGCGGAGAGACUGCUGAAAGGAGACGGGAGGUUACAAAGUAUUUAGGGAAUAAACUAAAACAAGGAGAACAUACAAUUGUGUUUAUCAAACGAAGAAGAGUUAACUAAAACAACCGGAUGCGGAUUGAAGGAACUGGACACACGGAUUCCUUUACUAAUGGAAUUGAAAUAAAACAGGUGGAUGGAUCGAGGAUGGCACAGUCGGGGGGCGACCACAAGAAUCUGAGCUGGUUGAGUCCAUGUAAAUAAUGAUGACUGUAGCGCAGAUCUUGAUGAAACCUGAAGGACGUUUGCAGUGCCAAGGUGGAAAGUCGGUCCAACAAUGAACGUGAAUACUGUGCUAUUUUGAUUUUUCCACCGGCACGAGUGAUGCUCUCGUCUGGGAUGUAAAUUACAGUGUUACCUUCUGGGGGUGGUGGGGAAACACACACAUUUAUUUAAUACAAUAAACCAUUACAUGGCGUAACUCAUGGUUUACUGUUGCAUGGAUCAUUUUGCGACGCUGCACUGGAGAUCAGCAGUAAACUCUGCAAUGUCGACUAUUUAUUUAUUUAGGGUGAUGGAUUCGGGAAGUACGAACCCAUCCAACUUUUAAUGUGUGAUCGGUUUUGGCGUACAGCAAGCGGUGCUAGGCAACGGGCAUGAUGGAUAUACACAAUAUUAUUAAAUAUUUAUACCGCACCAAAAUUCAACCCAUAUUAUUUUCACAACAUAUUUAUAAUGCAGUUAACCAAGCAGCGGUAGAAUGACGGAAUUCUCUGUGUUAAAGUCUUACCAUACAGUGGAGCAAACAAAAAUAGCAAGGUUGACCACACUAGAACUUGCACUGUAUUGAGUAAAUACCAAUCAAGUAACAAUGACAUUAACAACCUGACAUUAUCAAAAAUGCCAUCAUGGACUUUAUUUUUAUUUUUUGUUUUAACUAAAGGACUGUUGAAAACAUUUCAGAAAAAGGAGAAAACGAGCCAUGCAGUUUGAGAAGGGUGAACAAACUACAGGAAAUGUUAUAAUUAAGGGACAGUCUAAACAUGAGGGACAUAUGUAACACAUUGAGGCCAGUAUGGUAAAUUGAAGCUUCUGGUAGCAUGAUGUGCUUCCUUUGCAGACGAUCAGCAAAUUGAAGUUUUAACUUGAAAAGGAAAAACAAAAAACAAAAAAAAACAGCGGACGUCCAACCUGUGUGCUCAAUCGGGGAGAGCGCACAAGGGAGUUUGUGUGUGUUUUAAAGGAAGGAGGAGCUAUCGGCAUUACAACCGUGUUUAUAUUAACAUGUGGCAGGCAUGCAAACAGACUGGAGAUGGGAAUGCAGUGAUUUGCGUUCGGGAAGCCCAUGACACAGGUGCCAGUGACUCAUAACAAUACAGCGAAGGCAGGGUGGGUUACUUUGUAAAACCUGUAUUAACACAACAAAGGAAAAUCACAGAAUGGGCCACUGAAAAAUAAGCCGAGCUUUGUGUUUGUCAAAAGAGAUGCGUUUAGAAUGUUUAGUUUGUUUUUGUACAUACUGGGAUCUCAUUUUCAAUUUAUUGGUUAAUUAUCAUCCUUGGAUUUUACAAAUCAGAAAUUGCUAUAAUUAAAAUGGAGCAGGUCCUGUUAUCAAGCCCAGGUGGGCAUCCAGACUGGGAAUUGGAGCAGAACAUGGGGGAUAUUCUCAAGGAGAGUCCAGAGUCUGGGCUGGACUUUAUCCAAGGAGAGAAAGAGCUGGUAUCCCUCAAGUUUGGGGAAAUGCUCCAGGACAAUGCCUUAAAUUUAGAAGACUUUUUUCGGCACUCCAGGUACCCUAGCGUGGACCAGAUCUUGUCCUGGGAUAAAGGGCCAGACUGCCCUGUACUGCAAUGGGAGAGACAUUCCAAACAGGACCCGGAUAUUAACCACGCUGGCCAGGUGGCGCUCAUCAGUUUCCAUGACAAUAGCUCUGUGUUUAGUAGUGACACUCCUUCGCUGCAAAGUGAAAUCUCUUCCCUGAAUUGUGAGAAAGGCUUGCCCCUGAAUACAGUCCUGCAAUCCCAAGCAGAUAUCUCCCUGCACAGUGGGAUCAAUCUGCUAGAUAUCAACACAGAGCUGUCGUUUAUAUCCCAAGAUGAGGGCUUUACGUUUUCAUCACACGAGGAAACCUUGUUAUCUGAAACGACAGACAAAUGUUCAUUUCAAGAGCCGGUGAUGGAUCUACUUGGAAUGAGUAACAAAAUCCGGGGCUCCCCCAGCUCUCCCUCACACCCUUUGACUUCAGUCUUGGAGCCCUUCCAGGAUAGCCCAGUCCACACACGGGCAAUGGAGCCCACAUCACAUGAGCAAAACCAAACCAGCUUCCUCAGUCUGCUAGAUCCUGCUCUGCACCACACUGGACAAGUGGAUUCAAGUCCUGUUGAACAGGAAACUCCCAAGCCUGUUGACUUGGGACAGGAUGGCUUCCUACCACCCCACCAAGAAGACUGGGCACAGGGGGGCUCCAACAGGAAGGCUGGACUCCAGCCCCAGGCUCUAGAAACUGCUGUAUCAUCAGAAACCCAAAGUGCUGAAUUGUCUUCAGGUCAGGAGUUAUUAUAUUGUGAUCAAAUGCAUGACCAACAAGAUUGUGGUGAGAAUGUAUUGCAGGGUUUAGCGCAUUGCGAACCAGGUUUGGACCAAAAUUUGUUAUCCCAAGAAAAAGUGCACGGAAAUGUAGAUUUCAAUCAGAAUUUAUCUCUCGACCAGUUGCAUGACGAGCAAGGUUUGUGUCCAGAUGCAGUGCAUGGAGAAACAGUUUUGGACCAGAGGUUAUCCCAGAAUAUACUGUUCGAAAGUACUGUUUUGGACCAAAAUUCUGUCCUGGAUGUAAUGCGUGAAAAGGAAGUUUUGGACCCAGAUUUGUCCCAGGAUGUAGUCCAUUGUGACCAACCCAUUUUGGACCAGUACCUUCUAGAUGUUUCAGAGCAGGAAUCGUCCCCAAGUUUGUUGCAGACUAAUGUGCGGUCUCUGGAGUGUGUGUCUGCCCUGCCGGGUCAGUUGCUGGCCGAGGGGGCACUGACUGCAGGGGGCAGCCUGGCUGUGGGGGAGGAGGCAGUGGAGCUCUCUCCACUGAGAGCUGUGUUUGACGUGUUGGACCAGGACCAGGAUGGCUUUGUUCGCAUGGAGGAAUUUGUACAGUUUGCCACCGUCUAUGGGGCAGAACAGGUGAAAGAUUUAACCCGUUUCCUGGACCCUGGUGGCCUGGGAGUGAUCAGCUUUGAAGAUUUCUACCGUGGGAUCACAGCGAUCAGCAAUGAAGGCUCAGACAGUCAGCUGUAUGAAAUGGGGUUCAGUCCUGGGGCAGAGGCAGUCGGCUGCCCUGAGGAGUACGAUGAUUAUGCUGCCUAUGAGCAGAACGAGGUGACGGACAGCGCGUACCUGGGCUCAGAGAGCAACUACAGCGAGUGUGAGACUUUCACGGACGAGGACACCAGCACGCUGGUGCACCAGGAGAUGCACGAGGAGGUGGAGACGGACAGCGCUAUCGACGCAGCGCUGUCCUACACUGAGGAGGGGGCCAACGGGCCUCACCAGCACCACCUCUCCCUUGGCUCGGAGCUCAACAACCACUCCCUGGUGACGGUGAUCAGUGGGGAAGAGGAGCACUUUGAGGACUUCGGGGAGGGUCAUGACUCUGAGCUGCUCCCUGACACCUCCACCAUGGGGCCCGAUGCGGACACCAGCCUGACCAGCCAGCUCGAAGGCUCCAUGCUGCUCUCACCCAGCGCCAGUUCUUUCCCUACAAGCUUACAGAGCUUUCUUAGGGAGGAGGUGCUGGACUUUUUUUGUAGCCAGUGUCACAAACAAAUUAAUCGCCUUGAGGACCUUGCUGCUCGCCUGAAUUACCUUGAAAUGAAUAGCUCCAGCAAGAGGCUCUCCAGCAGCAAAGUUGCGAGACACCUUCACCAGACCAGCACACUAACACUGGACAGCAUGGAGGACAUGUCAAGAGACAUCAUGGAGCUUGCCGAGACUGACAUGACUGACAAGGUCAUGUUCUUGGAGAAGCGAGUGGCGGAGUUGGAGAAGGACUCUGCAGCAAAUGUGGAGCAGCACACCCGUCUGAGACAGGAGAACCUGCAGCUUGUGCACAGGGCAAACGCUCUGGAUGAGCAGCUGAAGGAACAGGAGUCCCGCUCUGAGGAGGCCCUGCUCACUGAGAUCCGCCGGCAGAAGGAGGUCCUGUGCAAGGUGGAGAGAGAGCGCAGCAUUGAGAUCGAGAACCUGCAAGCCAGGUUGCAGCAGCUGGACGAGGAGAACAGUGAGCUGCGGUCGUGCGUUCCCUGCCUGCGCGCCAACAUCGAGAGGCUGGAGGAGGAGAGGCGGAAGCUACAGGACCAGGUGGAGGAUGUGACUCUGCGGCUGAACGAGGAGCUGGAGAGCCAGGGGAAGAUGGCAGACAGGCUGGCUCAUGAGAGACACAAGAACCAGAAGGAGAAGGAGUCCACGCAGGUGAUGAUAGAGGACCUGAGGAAGCAGCUGGAGUUCCUGCAGUUGUACAAGCUGGAGGCAGAGGCGAGAUGCGGGCAUUCGGCCAGCGCGGGGCUGCAGGAGUACAACAGCCGCACUCGAGAGGCAGAAUUGGAGCAGGAGGUGCGGAGACUCAAACAGGAUAACUGCAUGCUGAAGGAGCAGAACGAUGAGCUCAAUGGGCAGAUUAUCAACCUUAGCAUCCAGGGAGCCAAAAACCUCUUCUCGGCCUCCUUCUCGGAGUCACUAGCAGCAGAGAUCAACUCUGUGUCCCGGGAUGAGCUGAUGGAAGUGAUCCACAAGCAAGAAGAUAUCAACCUCCGACUGCAGGAGUACAUUGACAGGAUCAUCGUAGCUAUCAUGGAGUCCAACCCCUCUAUCCUGGAGGUGAAGUAGCACCAACCUCCCCGGAGACGGACCCUGAGCCCCCUCAUUCCCUUGCAUCACCGCUGAGCCAUCACUAUGAGGGAGUAGAAGAGGGGGCUCAGACGUGUUGCUAUAAAAACCAGAAGAUGAAUUUGGCUCCCUGGUCCCGGGCCAGUCUUGUCUGUAAAUUAGUUUGUUUGUAUCCCGGGGCCGGCACACUCCAGUGGGGAGUGCCAUGAAAGGGACUGUUGUCUUUCUGUACUGCGUGGCUCCUGUGAAUUCCUGUGGUUGGAGUCCUUACACCAGGGAAGGAGGGACCUGGCGUGUGUGUGUGUGUGUGUGUGAGAGAGAGAGAGAGCUUCUCGUAUUAGGGGUUCACAUGUCCGCUCGUUGCCUGCCCCUCGUAAAGGUGAAAUAAUAAGCUUUAAAACACAUUUUUUUUAUUCCAGGUGAAGCCCAUUUAUCCUGCCAUAAGUGGAAGACCAGUACUAACUGUGUAAUGGGUAUUUGAACACCGUGGGGCUAAUGGGGGAAUCCAAGUAUUACUUCCAUAAUGCUUCUGGGUGCUGCGACAGGCUAAAUGGGGCUUCACUGGAGUCCAAGUGAAAACUUAAACUAAAGCCAGCAAAAUACUGCUAGGGACUUGAGGCUGUUCUCCUAAUGGGAGGUAAAAGUUUUUUUUGUUUUAAAGCCAAGCUAACUGUAGGACUGUCCUCAGGUUGGUUCUUUGAGUCUGCUAGAUGGUUCAUGGUUUUCAUUGAUUCACUUCUUUUGGCAUGUAUCCAGUGGGUCAUUCGUUGCAGACUUUUUUUUUUUUCUUUCUUUCUUGGAUCCUUAUAAAAUUGGAAGGGUUUCCUACAGAUUGAUUGAUUAAACCUGACAGGUACCACACAAUCUGGUCAGCUCGAUUCUAGGACUGCCAUUAACCGCCUAUAUAGCAACCUUUUCCUUGAACAAGCCUACCAUUAGUUUCAUUUGUUACUUCAUGUAGACAUCAUUUGCUGUUGCAUUACCAGAUUACAAUUCAUUUGUACAAAUAUUUUAUUCAAUGCACUACUAAAACACACAAUUCAAAAAGGUCAGAGAUUGUUGUUUGGCCCGUGUCUAGUUCUAGUCUUCAGCAGUAGAGGAAAAUAACUUUCUGAAAAUCCAUUUAAUCCAAUAUAAACACUGCAUGUAUUUAUUUAGUCUGUCCCUGACUAGGUAGCAAUGCACAUGUUAACCCCUGUGUGUCUGUUUCAGUGUGUGUGUGAUAGCUAGUGAUUUCUCCUCUCUGCUUUGGCUCUCUCGAUAAGGGAGCGCACACUAGAGCCUGGAGGGCUAAUCCCCCUGGCUGUGCCUUGGAGCGAAGGCCAAAAGACUGGCACACUGCAGCUGAGGACCAGUGAUGCUUCACUCAGCCAGCAGGAGGCGAUCUCGCCCACUCCAAACCAAUUCUUACGUAACCCUGGCUCUCCGAUAUUUAUGCAGUGCAAGCAAUACCGUAUGCCGGUGGCUAUAGGCUGAGCCUGUUUUACAAAAUGGGGGAACAGUAUUUCAAAUAAUGUAAAUGAGGUGUAAACUUUCGAUUUGUAAAUUAAAACUAACAUGUAUUAAAAAAAAAAAAAAAUAAUCCAUAGGACCUGUCGUACAGUAAAAUCCAGUCGGUUCCUUUUUGAAUUUUCUGCUGGCUUUGCAAGAGUAAAACACACACAGGAAUGUUUGAAAAGGUCUGGUUUGCAAGAGAUCUAUGAAAAAGUAAAUGUCCAGAGAUCCAACAGUCUGUUAUACAGUCUCUACAACUUUGCAUAGAACUGCAUUUUAUUUAUAAAUCUGGUAGUGGUGACUUAAACUCUAGUAUGAGUCUGGCCAAAGCAAAGCAGUUUAGAGUUUCUCAGGAGUUUAAAAGGCAUAGACUAAAAGCGUCAAUUUAAAAAGCACUGUAGUAUUACAUAGUCUCUGAUAUACUGUCUUCUACACUGAUAUACAUGUAUGUAUAUGUGCUUUUAUAACUAAAACAUCACAGGCAAUCAUAUGGGUUUAAGCCCUUUUUGGGAUCACACAAAGAAAUCUGUUCAAGUUUGGGAUGUCUGUGAAGUAUCGGUAUGAAAAAGAUGAUCAAGAUAUUUUCGGAAUGAUGUUCAGAUUUGUUUUGCUGUAGAAUCAGACUGUUUGUUCUCCGUUUUAAAUAGACCUGUAUAUGUGUGCUGACUCUCUGCCUCAGUCGGAAGGGGUUCUGCACGUUCUGUUCUGACAUUGUCACACGUGGCAAUAUUGACAACUGUUGAGACGCUCUUGGGGGAAAUGACUUGUAAUUAACGACAGACAUACUUACUAUAAAAUAAAACUUCAUGUUGACAUUUCUCAUA